CUGAUUCUCAAGGAAAUUCUGGAAAGAAAAGACUCCUUUUUCUGAUCCAAGGCGGAGAAAAACUCGUUCCUGCCUGGGGGGAAUCGAGCUACCCGAGUGCCUCCGGCUUGCGGAGAACGUUUUGAGUCUCUCAACAUUUGCAUGCGCGCGCAUUCAUUUUCUCUUCUUCGUUUCUUUCGCCAUUGUUCCUUACAGUUAAAGCCAUCUGGUUUGUCCUUGUGCCGUCUUUUCCAAUUUCCUCUGAAGAACUCGAGAUUACUUUCUCCGAUGUCCCUCCCAGAAGAAUGCGCCCGGCAAAGCGGCCUCAAUGUCGCUAGAUGAGAGCUUUUUUCGCUUUUUCCUCGUUUCUCCGUCUUUGCAGUUCCCUCCAGUUUUUACCUUGACGAGCUUCCUCAGAGAGACGGAGACGCAGCGGAGAGAGAACCGGAACCCUGUCGCUCGACCACUGCUCAACGAGCACAGUGUUAACUUCACACAGCGUUCUGUCGUUGUUGAAUCAACGUUACGGUCAACCUUCAAAGUGAAAAGAACGAGGAGGCCUCCUCGCCGGACGCCAUUCCACGAAGAAGUCGAUCGACAGCAACCCGUUUCUCAGGGAGCACUUCUCAAACAUCCGGAUCUUGAAAAGGGGAACACACUUUUGCAAGCUCGCGAACGUUUUCCGGAUCAAGCAGAAACGGCCCUCUGCAUGCGUCGGCAUGCAUGCGCUAGGACGGAGGCUUUAUCCGUUUGCCUUCUUGCCGUUCCUUCACCAUGGCGACGCUCGUCAGCGACUUUCUGCUUGCGGAGAGCGAACGACUCCGAGCAGAGAGAAAGCGAGGAAGGAAACCCAAGGCGGAACGCACCAGUCGCCACUUGAACGGCGGUCAAGAGGCAGCGCGGUCGGGAGUAGAGUCUUCGAGUGCAGAGUUUUCUGCAGAGAAACGGCGAAUGGCGAGUUCGCCAAGUGCGGUUUCCUCGCGAAGCGCAACCGGCUUCUCCUCCGUUGAAGAAGAUCUUGGAGAGGUCUACUGCCCAGACAGAGAGUCGCAACGAAACGCUGCAAAUGCACUCAAGGGUCAGGCAUGCGCCGCAGACGAGGCCGCAGACGAGUCGGUAUCCAGGUUGCCACUCACUGGGAACUCGCAGGCAACGCCUGCCGCUUCUCUCUCUUCACCGUUCGCCUGUGCGUCUGCUUCUUGUUCUUCUUCUUUGCGUGCUCGAACUGCUGCGUCUUCUGGGUGUUCGGCGCGUCUCGGAGAGAGCGAAGAAUCACGAGAGAGGCGGCUGCAUGCGUCUGCGGGCCGUCUGCACGAGCGACGGGCUGACCCAGGUCUCGAGAAAGCGAACGCGAAGACCGGCAGAGGGAACUCCGCGGGACCGUCUGAGGAUUCGAGGAAGCGUUUGCGGCGAACUGCGAGCAGUGGUGUCGCACCCGCGUCUGAGAAACAGCGUUUCGCUGGUGAGUUACCGAUCCACGGAUUCGUGGACGUGGUCCGUGACGCGGUGUCUAGACACCAGGUGACGUUGAUUGUGGGAGAGACCGGGAGCGGGAAGACGACGCAGGUCCCUCAGUUCCUUCAUUUUUUUGGCUUCACUCAAAAGGGCGUGGUUGCAGUGACUCAGCCUCGACGGGUCGCUGCCGUUUCCCUUGCUAGGCGCGUAUCUGAGGAGCUGAGUCGAAAACAGGACGCGUCUUCUGAAACGCAGGAGGAUUUGCCCGAACACAACGCGUCCUUGGGGGGCUUUGUCGGCUACUGCGUCCGCUUCGAGGACUGCACGAGCGCAGAGACGAGAAUCAAGUUCUUAACAGACGGCAUGUUGGUUCGAGAGGCGAUGCUCGACGAGAUGCUCUCGCGGUACUCUGUCGUCGUUCUCGACGAAGCUCACGAACGCUCUCUCCGCACUGACAUUCUCCUGGGGUGGAUGAAGCGCCUUCUUCCCAAGCGAAAAGACUUAAAAGUCAUCGUCAUGUCGGCGACGCUCGACACAGAAAAAUUCUUGGGCUUCUUCCCCGGUGCGCAAACAGUGCUCGUCCCUGGACGACAGUUCCCUGUAGAACUCAUGUACACCCCAGAGCCGGAAGGCGACUACAUUGAGGCAGCCCUCAUCACGGUCUUACAGAUCCACACCCAGUACCCCCCCGGAGACAUUCUCGUGUUUCUCCCUGGUCAAGAAGACAUCGAGAGUCUUCAGACGAUUCUGGAGGGGAAGCAGGAGCUGCUGCGGAAGGCACUGUGCAUGGCGGCGAGUUUGGGGGCUGGGCCAGCCCCGAAGACAGCUGCGAGGAGCGAGAGAGGGGGGGAGCAGAGAGCGGUGCCCCAUUCAAAGGAUCUGUCAUCGGCGAACUGCAGGGUGGAAGUUCGCAUCGGCGAAGACACCGCAGCUGUCGACCAGCUGCCACCUUGUCGCGACCUUCAAAUCUGCCCUCUCUUUGCAGCACUUCCUUUUGAACGACAGAAGGCUGUCUUCACGCCUGCGCCCGCGGGCGUUAGGAAAGUGAUUGUGGCGACAAACAUAGCCGAGACGUCGAUUACGGUCCAAGGCAUCCGCUACGUGGUGGACUGCGGACUCGCUAAAGCCAAGUGUGUCAACCAUCGCACCGGAGUGGAGGCGCUGGUGAUAGAAGAAAUUUCACAAGACGCAGCGAAACAGCGAGCAGGUCGAGCAGGCAGAGAAGCUCCUGGCGUAGUGUUCCGUAUGUACACCGAAGACACUUUCAACAAGUUCAGGCCGCGGAAAGUUCCAGAGAUCGUCACGUGCGAUCUGGACCAAGUGUUCCUGGAACUCAAGACCCUGGGGGUACAAAACCCGUUGGAGUUCCCCUUCCUUGACUCUCCACCAAAGGAAGCUUUCGUGAACGCUGGGCGCACCUUGCACCGCCUCGAGGCUGUCGACUCUCGAGGACAACUCACAGAGCUGGGACGGAAACUUGCUGUGUUGCCGCUGAAGCCAAUUCUCGGGAAACUCGUCCUUGACUCCGUUACUUUCGAGUGCACUGCGGAGAUUCUCUCAAUUGUCGCCAUGCUGUCGACAGACUCGCUAUGGUACAGUCACCGCAGUCUGCCAGCCGAUAAGUCGAAUCGUCUCCUGCACGCGCGCAGACGCCUUUCCGACAACCAAGGUGAUCAUUUGACGCUGCUCAACGCCUACACGCAAUGGGACGAGGCGACAGACAAAAUCGCCUUCUGCAAAGAGUACGGACUACACCACAAUGCACUGCUACGCGCGAAACAAAUCCGCACCCAGCUCGAGCAGAUUCUCCUUUCACCGCAAAUUGGAGUCAAGAAUGUAGCGAAGAGUGAAGCACCAGAUACAAGAACGAAGAUCAGGCAAUGCUUGGCGGCGGGAUGCUGGCUCCACACUGCCAGGUUGCAACGAGACCAAAAAACAUACGUCACGACUGUUGAGAGGGAAACGGCGAAGAUACAUCCGUCCUCUGUCCUGUCCGGUCAGAAGUCUUUGCCAUGGUGGAUAGUGUACAGUGAAUACGUACACACGACAAGACCGUAUCUUCGUGGCGUCACAGCCAUAGAAGGUCCCUGGCUGCAACAGUUCGUACCCCGAUGGUUUACUCUUGGUGGGCAAAACUGACGAACGGUCUGAAACAUGGGAGACCGGUGGCACUGCAUUACGCAGGUCUGGAGCUUAUGACUGAUGCAGACGGGGAUAUUGGUCAAAUCUGACACAUCAGGGGUAUGCAUCACGAAGGGAGUUCCCGACCAGAGAACUAAUCUAUGUUUCUCAACUUUCUCUGUCUCAUGGAGAUUAUACCAGCUGCCACAUCAUCAGCGUGGUGACGUUAACAAAUGUGCUUUAGUCUACCGUCAUGGGACUCGUACGGAUUUACC